AUGACAGAGCAUCCUGUACCUGUACUAGAGUACGCCUAUGACAGCACAAUAUACCACACUGAUUGUGUCAAGGCUCUCAAUUCUGUCCCUGCCGAGUCAGCCGAUCUCAUCAUCUGUGACCCGCCUUACAACUUUGGGAAGGACUUUGGUAACGAUAGCGAUAAGAGGAAGGAGGACGACUAUCUCGCUUGGUGCGAAGAGUGGAUCCUGCAAUGCCACCGUGUUCUCAAAAAGACUGGGACAUGUUACAUCUAUGGCCUAUCCACCACGUUAGCCCUUAUCUUUGCCCGUAUACACAGUAAUAAAGCCAUCACUUGGAAAGUGGACUGGCUCGUUUGGCACUACACGAAUAAGACCAAUCCAAAGGCGAAGACCUUCCAGCGGUCGCACGAAAGCAUCCUUUUCUGUCGCUUCCCUGGAUCCAAGUUCAAUCGUGAUCUGGUCCGGGAAGCCUAAACUGAAGAAUACAAAAAGUACAGCCCCGGCCGGGUCCGAGCUGCUGAUUCUACAGGG